UUUCUUGCAGGGAAAAAUCGAGUUUUCAACUGGGCUUUGAGCGCCGCUGAAGAUUGCGUUACUCGUGCCGUGACAACAGCUGCACCAAUUGUCUCAAAACUUGAUCGUCCUAUUCAAUACAUGGAUCAAACUCUCGUUAAAGGCAUUGAUAAAUUGGAAGUUAAGGCUCCAAUUAUCAAGGACACACCACAAGAGAUCUACAAUCAAGCCAAGAGCAAAGUGAUCGAUGUUGUCCAGCCACACAUUGAUCGUGUGGUCAAAUUCAAAGCGGCAGGACAACAGAAGGCAGCUUCUCUUAAGGAGUUGGCUUGGCAAAAGGCUAAUGAAGUUUUGGCUACACAAUAUGGUAGCUUGGCUGUAACUGGUGUUGAUACUACAACAGCCUUAGCUGAACGUUUACUGGAAUACUAUUUCCCAAAGAGUGAAUCCGAUGUGGAGGAAGAUAAUGAUAAUAAGCAAAUAAAUGUCACAAAUGGCAACCUAGCAGAAAAUGAUAGUAAGUUUCUAUGAUUUUGUUUAAGUCUCUGUACAGCUCACUUUGC